AUGAACGUCCGUGAGUCACGCGCACUGGCGCCAGUCGUGCAAUACAGCACCCGUACGCCAUAUACCAAGGGCCACCUGACCGCGCAUCCGAUGCGCUAUGUCAACGAUGAUGACGAAGACACACACGAUGAUAGCGACUGUAUAGCCUUCGUCAAGGAGCUUGGUCCCCAGUUCCGUGAUGCUAGCGAGCUGGUAAGCCAUCCAAAGCCAAGCGGUUCCGAGCCUCGAUACUUGGACGCCACUGUCUCCGAGUUUGACUACCAGGCUGAGCUCGAUGACUGCGAAUACCUGCAAAGCGUCACCGAACAUCUUGUCUACAUCCGCUACAACCAAGCGACACUCAACACUGAGAUGCCAGACGGUAGCAAGAUGAUGACUAAGAUCUUGCUGGAUGCAUACUGGAAGAAGCAUACCGGUCAGUCGCCCUGGGAUUCCGAGGGAUAUUUUACCAAGGAGUUCCAAUUAGACCAUUAUCUUGAUCGAGCGUGCGAUCUAUCUCAGCACAAGCCGCAUCUUCACUUGAAGAACAUUGGUAACGGCAGCUCCUUGGAUGUGGUCGCAAAAGAACCACUCCUCAACGUCGGCUGCUUUGAGUAUCCCAAACAGUCCACAAUGUUACAGCAGCCCGAAGACUGCACAAACGAUGUCACGGUUUGGGGUCUCUCCUGCAGUCGCAACUCACAUUUCUUGUACAAUACAACCUCAGUUCAAUCCUUCAAUUCUCCGCACAUGCGCACUGUUCACUCCACCGCAACAAACGACGAUAACAUUCUGUUCUACUGCGAUGAAAUUCCCUUAUCUCUUGAAAAGGUUGGUGUCGUUACUGGCCUCUACCGCUUUGGGAAGACACGGGACUUCUCAAUGGAGCAGAUGCUUGUUCGCAACGACAAGCCCAAAGAUCCAUUCUGCUUCUCCUCUUGCAAGGAAGGUGUCGCAGCAGCUCGCGCUCUUCAAGCGUAUCAACAGGAUGAUGAACAGAUCAUCCGAACACAGCCUCUCGUGGAUUCCGAGUAUCCUCAUCUCCAACAUGGCAGAGUGCAUGGAGAGUUUGACUUGGCGGAGCAGAACAAUCCUGAUGAUAUCGCCUGGGAAAGUGUAGAUGGUGGCCGGGAGGAUCUUGAAGUAGAAGACAUUAUCGCACUGUGGAACAUACUGUGUCCAAGCCGUCCGGUUCCCUGGACGGAAGAAGAACUCGACAAAGAAUAUCUCCUUGGCCCACAAGAAGAUUUCGGCGAAAACGAGUCGUACGAGUACGCCAAGUUCUUGUACUGGGAGAAGGAACACGAUCCAGGCGACAUUGAACUUCUCGCCCGUUUUUACUUUGAACGCGCACGCGCAACUUUCCGCCCCUACAGCUUCGAACAUUUCCUGUCCAAGGAACAAGAUGAGCGGGACGUGAACUACAACAUCGUGGAUUACGCCGAGGAGAAACAGCCAGUUCAUGUUCCGAAGGACAAAGAAGUCUUCGAUCAGCUCCAUGAAACCCCGGUGAACUGGGAGUGGAAGAAAGCAGGCUGUAUCAGAUCAUGGCGUGCACAAGUCACUGAUGUCCUUCCGGAUAACCUCUUUGAAAACCGCAAGAAGUGCCGCGAAGCAUACGAUGCCCUGAUUGAGUAUCAAAACGAUCAAGAGUUCAGCAACCUGCCUCACGCCGAGAUCAAAGACUGGGCUCGUCCAUGCUAUGAAGGACCUUUUCCGUCAUCUGCCGCCUGCGAAGCUGUCUGGAACCCACUUGUUGAAAACUACCAAGCUCUUUCGAAAGCUCGUAGUGUUCGGUCAACACUCAUGGCGAAGAUGUGCGAUGGUGUUUCUCUUCCUCCUAACUCGAAACUGGUUGGUCAGGCCGACGGUAGUAGUAGUGAAGACUACAAGCCCGGGUUUGUAUUUGCCAUUUCAAGCGAUGCUGUAUCUGUCCUGCCGACGUAUAUCACUCAGCCACCGACCGGAGGUCUCAUGGAAUAUGUUAAAUCUAGUCGACACAACUCAGUAUUUGGCUCAAUUGAUGGUACUCCACGAACAAAACAGGCUGCUCCAUCUAAGAAGGUCCAAGGUGCUCCUUCUGCGAAGAUGCUUGCUUCGUAUGUGGAAAAGAAGGCUUCUAAUUCUCUUCCCAAGAGCAACAUCCAAGUCCCGCCGGGCAUUCUUGCUGCAUACCCAGCAGAUAGAAUUAGAACGAGCACUCCAAAUAUGGACAUCCAUGCUGCUCAAGAGGACCUUUUUGGGGAUGUCUGCCACGGCCUGAAGAACUGGAGCAGUUCAUCGGAUGUCACGCGUUACACGGCUUCGAGUUGGGAGAACCAGCACGCCGACCCUCCUUGCGGACCCACGAUUCGUCUCUCCCAGGCCAGUUUCACAGAACAGUUGCGCCAAAGCCCCGUCAACUGCUCUACUCCACUUUGCAACCCGGUUCAGCUUGCUCAUAAUCCAGCCGGAUGGCUUGGACCGAAUAACAAUACUGAGAACGGGAUGCUUGAGCUUUUGGUGCCUCAGGGAUAA